UGCAAAUCUAUCAAGGUACUUUAUACAAAGAUUGCUUCUACAGUAUGGUCAGGAAGACGAAGGAUUGAUUAAAUUACGAUUGCAAGGUAAUAAUAACGAUAAAGCUUUCCAAAAAGAAGAGGCUGAGGCAAGAUUUGGACUAGGUUUGCCCCUGAAAGGCGGUGAUAUUGAAAAAUUCCAUUUUUUAAAUUGCGGAGAACUUCCCAUUGAUCAAGCAUCAAUAAUAAUCAAAGAAAACUUGGGAGAGAUUUGUGAUUUUAUUAAAGGAAUCAAAACCUGUCAUAAUCCAAAAAUGUUUGAUCGAAUUACUCAGGUUGACAUUGAAGUAGAAAAUCAUUAUAAAAUGUUGGAGUUUUUGAAAGAUUAUAAAAACGGGAUUGAAUUGGAAUUUGUGUUUUUGAAAUCAAUAAUUAGUCAUUUUUUUGGUACAAAAAUUAAAAGAGAUUUCGACAAUUUGGAAAUUUUAAUCAUGCAAUCUAUAUUAAGUGUUAAAGAUUAUGAAAAUUAUGUCAGACAAGUGGAAAAGCAAAUUCCUCUAAAAAAAUAG